GAAUCAAAAAAGUUUACAAAGAUCUACUGAGAGAAUCAAAAAAGUUCACCAUCGGGAGAAUCGAAAGAAAUCAAAAGAGUCCAGAACCAUUGGGAUAAUCGAAAAAGAUCACCACUGGGUGAAUCGAAAGAAUCCACCACUAGGAGAAUCAAAGA